CUGGAGCUGCCGCUGCUGGAGCUGCUGCUGAGGGGAAGAAAGAGCGACGCAGCGACACACAAGGCGAGCUGCUAGCUGAGAGGGCAGCAUGGCGGGGCUUCAGGACUUCCACCAAGGCAGCCACUGUCACAGGAAAACGUGGAUCAAUAUAUUACUAGGAAUACUACAAUUACUUUUACCCUGCGUACAGCACGGAGGGGCUCAGCUGCAAGCCCUGAGUCAGAUGUCCACCAGCGUGGUCGAGGUCUGGCAGCCAGAGGAUGCAGACCCAUUAGUCCCACUCCAGGUGGAGAAAGAGCGAAGAAAAGAUGGUCUUCCACUAGAAGACAGCAGCUCUUCUCCAUAUACACGGGAGAAUAGGAGGCCCUUGCAUUUUCAGCCCCCAGCGCUGGAGUUUGGGACACAGCCGCUGGGGCUGCCAAGAGCUGAAACCAUAUAUAUACACAACCCCAGCCAGGAAGUUCCUGUGACACUGCUGUCAAUGUUUACAUCCAGCAGACAUUUUUACAUACCUUCCUUUCACAGAAGAGUGAUCCCACCCAGGGGGAAGGCAUCUUUUAAACUAAUUUUCCUCCCGUCUGAGGAGGGCAAUGUAGAAAACACAUUAUUUAUAAACACAUCGGCCCAUGGGCUGCUGUCAUACCAGGUAUUUGGUGUGGGAGGCCACCAGGGUUCAUUAAAAUCUAUCCAAAGAAAGGAUAGUUUGCUAAUAUUCCCUCACAUCCAGAGCAUUAAACUGACCCAAACUCAGGAAGAUGCCUCCAACAUCACUAUACUGGGUCUACUCCUGGAGUGCAGCUUACCGAAGAGUUUGUUGAACAAUCCUCAGGGGUCCUGCUUCCAGAGCGAGGAGCGCCUCAGUCUGCAGAUUAAUCUGUCUGCGGGUGGCGACCGGCCUGCUGACCUGGACAAGCUCAAGCCCUACGUCAUUGAGCACAUUUUGGUCCUGCUGGUCACCCCUAGUGCUGGACAGGCUGCGUUAGGAGAAUCUAGAAUUGGAGUUUAUAUAUUAAAUUCUGGAGGGAAGAAGCUCUAUGUAAAGGAUAUGCAGGUGCUAUCCAAAGUGGAGGCCAGCCUAGACUUCAGUCAGGUUCUUCUCAGACCAGAAGCAAAAAACUUCACUGAAGUGGCUACCCUAGCGUGCAGAGGGUCAUUGCCAGGCCAUGGACAGAAAUGCAUUAGUCAUAUCGGUUUAAAAAUUAUGGGAAACAGGACAACCUACAGCUUUCCAGGACUACAUAUCGCACACAGAUUGAGUGUGGGGAACUUGUUCAGCCUGUUCCAGGUGAAACAAAGUGAUGCCAAUCAGGUCGACCUGUGGCUCACAAACCCCUUCCCCCUGCCGCUCACUGUGUUUAAUGCCAGCCUCUCAGAGAAGCUACAGGGAGUGAUGAAGCUGAUGAACUUCAGCAGUCCACUGACGGUUCCUCAGGGCUGCUGGCGGCUUCUGUCUCUCCAGCUGCUCAGCAGAGUCCUUCCCAUCAACCAGAUGUCCACCCUGAGUUUGGAUACCAGCCUGGGCACAGCCCUGCACAUUCCACUCUACUUUCAUUUCACUUCUUCUAAGCAGGGGGAAGUUGUUUUUGAGGCUGAAAGAGAGUGUGGACAUCCUUGCCCUCUUAAAUUAUCUGAAACAGGUCAUUCAGAGUGGCAGCGUUCUCUCCUUCCAGACUUUUCCUCCUCAUCCUGGAGUGUAGACAACAAACUGGCAGCUGAACUCUGCUCUCGAUGGCAGAGUCACAAAGACAAACUGCCUUGCAGAUGGCCCAGGCUGCCUGUAGAGACAUCCUCUCCUCUGGAAUUUGGUGCUACACCUGUCAAUGAGAGCAAGGUGAAGACUUUCAUGCUGAAGAAUCCUUCGGCUUCUGUGGUUUCUGUCGAGAUUCGAAUCCUGUCCCUGUACCCUGCUCCCCUGGACGCUCUGGACCUUCUCACUAAAUGGUUCAAUAUUAGCCCCCUCUCUGUCAACAUCAGCACAACAGAGUUUUCGUUAUUGGCUUCUCCUCCCAAGAUGGGUGAGAAGAUGGGGGACAUUAAAGGAGAGGGCGUCCUACGGCUGUUGCUGCAGCCCUGGGAAGCCAGAGAGGUUGCUGUUGUCUUUACUCCUUCUGAACACAAACCCACCACCACCAUUCUCAUCAUCAGGAACAACUUGACAGUGUUCGACAUGAUGACGGUACAGGGCCACGGGGCCAAAGAGCUGCUAAGAGUCGGAGGCAAACUACCGGGUCCAGGAGCUUCUCUACGCUUCAAUGUUCCUCAGUCAACUCUAAUGGAGUGUCGUGAUGGUCUGCGCACCAAUAAGCCUCUGUUCGCCAUCACAAAGAGUUUCAAGGUGGAGAAUGCAGGAGAACUUCCUCUGACAGUCAUGUCGAUGAAUAUAAAUGGUUAUAAGUGUCAGGGGUUUGGCUUCGAGGUGCUACAGUGUCGUUCCUUCAGCCUCGACCACAACACCUCCUCUGAGAUCACCAUUGCGUUCACCCCAGACUUCACCUCAUCCUGGGUGAUCCGGGACCUCACCCUGGUGACGUCACGUGGCACCUCCUUCCCUUUUACCCUCAAUGUGACGCUGCCCCACCACAUGUUGCCUCUCUGUGCCCAGGUGGUUCCUGGUCCCAGCUGGGAGGAAACUUUCUGGGUGGUCACCCUCAUCUUCACAUGCUUCUCCUUGUUUGGUGUUUGUCUGAUGGCAUUCCAUCAUGCGCAGUAUAUCCUGAAUGAGUUCUCCACACCCAGCAUCCGAAGCAACCACAACUCUGUCCUGUCCCGCGACAAUGGCUCAGUCAAUAAUAUCACACCCAAUGGAGUAAAUAAAACAAAGGGCAGCUGUAAGACCUACGUGGACACCUGUCACACGUCUGACAAAGGUAAAGGUCGUGGCUCUCCAGCUUUGGCCAACAGCCCCGCCCCUCGUCCUCAAUCCUCAAAGAAAGGCUCCUCAACCACCCCGUCCCAACAACAGAAGAAACACAAAGUUUCACUCUAUUACACCAAAUUCAAGUCCAGCUCAUCCACAGCCACAGCUGGUGCUGUGACAAUGGACGAAGAGCACGAAGACCUGACACCAGACCCUCCCCUCACCCCGGACCUCGACGUCUGCAACAACAACCAACCAGCUUUCAUCAGCGAGCUGGAUAAAAAGACAUCAGCAGACUAUAAAGAAGACCUCCAGAGCACUAUAGAAGACAGAGUUCCAGCAGCAGUUAUGUUUCCCAUGGAAAUGCCUGCUGGUUUCCCAGCUGAUGUCACAUUGAGUCCAGGACCAGGACCAGGCCUGUUAGUGUGCAGUCCUGUAGAAAAAAACUGCACGGAGCACUAUGCAGAGAAGAUGGACUCUGACAAAAGGGACAGUUCUGAGCUGGAGCUGAGAGAAGAUGGCAAAGGCCAAAAAAAGAAAGCACAGAGCACCGAGACUGGCGCUGCACCAGGGAAUAAUAAGGGAAAGAGGAGUCGCAGGAAGACAGAAAAUGUCUCCAGUGCUCCUGAGCACAAUGUGCUAGCGAUGCCAGAGAGGGAGAAAGAACCUGACUGGAAAACAGGCGACCAUAACAUCAGUGGAACCCGCAGCAGGAACCGAUGCUGCAACGGCACCAAGCUAGAAGCUCUAAAACCUGGACAGAGUGCUGAGAGCCCCCUCAAACAGAACGGUGUGUGUCCUGCUCGCAUUCGGAGAAAGUGUGCUACAGAGCGGCGUCUAGGCGGAGUGUGUGAGUCGGGCUCAGACUCUGGCAGCUCGUCGGGCAGCGUGAGGGCGAGCAGAGGAAGCUGGGGCAGCUGGAGCAGCGCCAGCAGCAUGGAGGGCGACAAGGACGCCAAUGUCCGAACACAUGCCUGCACUACCUCAUCUAGAAAAAGGGACUCCAUGCAGUACAGCGUUUACCUAGCAGAGAGAGACUGCUACCAGACCAUACCUGCAAACUACAAGGCUCUAAGCAUGAAUAGCCUGUACCAUAAAGACCUGUGCCAAAGCCCCGACCCCACAGCGUCCAGCUUCACCCCCAGUUUUGCUGCCGUCGCUGCAGGAAUGGACAGGAACAUGGACCUGACAGGCCAGUAUCAGCCUGAGGAGACGUGGUCAGCUCCAUCCAUCCCUCUCACCAACGAGUUCAGAUACAACACCACCGAAGCUCUGCCCUACAUACCUCAACCAGCAGCCAGCGCGCCAUACAACGGGUUUACUUGGAGUAAUGCCAACAGUCAUUGCAACAAUCCCUACACCUACUGUGAGGAAAGGAACUACAUAGGUAAUGGGAUGUUUCCGACUGGUUUUCCCUGCCACGAGAGCCAGAAGGCGCACGGCAAUCAGAGCAGCUGGAGCGAGGAGCAGCCUCAGGAAUCACCUUCAACCUGGGACAGAGCGGCCUGCGUGGGCAGCAAGCCAUACUUCUCGGGGACCCGCAGCCUCUCCCCCAUGUCCAGCCUGUUUGGAUCCAUCUGGACGCCCCAGAGCGAGCCCUAUCAGAGCCACUUCCAACCGGAGCGAUCAGCCCCGAUGUCCCCGGUGUCCCCCAUCACCCCCAUCACCCCCAUCACGCCUCCCCACUCCCCCUUCAGCCGUGAGCCAGGGGGAACUUGCGGGCCGACUCAGUACUCCAGCUUCAACCCCUUCGGUCCACACAUGAACCUGGACAUUUGGAACUCUUCGUCCAACCGCAGCUCCAACUCCCAGCUGUCCAACGACUCUGGCUACUGUGGAGAUGUUUGAAAUUCGAGAGAAGAAAAAGAAAAAUGCCCUUAAUAAUUGCAAACAUAUAAAACAUUGACAUGUAAAAGAAAGGAAAUAAACAUUGAAUGUUCUUUUAUCAUUA